UACGGCCAUUUUGUAGCUAGAUACGCGACAGAUCCACGAAAAGUGAGCCAUCCGACAGAUUAUAUAAAUAAAAUCUCAAAUUGUGUAUCUGUAUCGUAAUGGAUAAAGACAUUUCUAGCGUUGGAACUCAGUACAUUAUCUGUGAAUGUGGUGAUAAUUUUCCAAAUGAAAAGUUCCUGAAUAUACACCUGGCGAACAAUCAUGGCGAAGUGGAGAGCUUUCUAUGCGAUGAAUGCCCCGAAGCCUUCACAAGCAACAACAGCCUCAGCUACCACAAAAGAAGCCAUGAGAAGACUAAACAGGCACCCGGGAGACCUGAGACGAUCAAGACUUACACUCGGAAGACUCCUCAAAAGAAGGAACCAGUUGUGAAGAAGCCUCCAGUCCUCAAGCUCAAGAACUUGAAGAGGAUUGAUUCUAUCAGUCUGAUAGAGAAUUUGAAGUCACUGGGAGGAAUCAUCAAAAUAGAGCACACUCCAAGCGCCCCAGACCCUGUACCGGAGCCCGAGCCCGAUCCGGAACCUGAAGUCCCUGUGCUUGAGGAGACGGAUGAGGGACAGGUGGUGGUGAAGAAUGAGGCCAUGGAGGAGGCCGAGGAGAUAUACUACCAGUGUGAUGUGGUAAGGAGUUUAUGGCAUUUAAUAUUUGGACCAGGACCUGAGCCUGAAACCCCUGUGCUUGAGGAGACGGAUGAGGGACAGGUGGUGGUGAAGAAUGAGGCCAUGGAGGAGGCCGAGGAGAUAUACUACCAGUGUGAUGUGUGCAACUCCAUAUUCUACACGGAAUGGGAGUUCAACAUCCACUACCAGAGCAAGCACGCAUUGAAACUCGAGCCCAGCUCCUCCGCCGAGCUAAUCUUGGAGCAGCACCUCGUCAGUGACCACGGGGUGGAGGGCAUUAAGACGGAGGCCGACACUGAAGACACGGCUUAUUACUACGAGUGUGAACUGUGCCAUAAAAUCUUCGCGAGCGAGAAGUAUUUCAACGUCCACUACCACAAGACGCACAGCGGCGGCCUGCUGCCCGUCACCGAGGAGGACGCGAUAAUAGAAGAGCAAGCCCAGGAGGAGCCUGCGCCCGCGCCGGAGACCAAGCCCAAGGCCCCCGAGCAGGUCAUCUAUUACAAAUGUGACCUGUGCAAAAUCCUGUACCCGAGCGAGAAGGCCUACAACUUGCACUUCGACAAGAAGCACGGCGGGCAAAGUUGCCAGGAUGCCCGGACCACCGGCUUCCAGCUGUUGGAGCAAGAGCUUGCUGAAAAUUGUGGGGCCACGGAGCCUUUGGAGGUGUUCUCAUGUGAAUUCUGCCCAAAAACUUAUACAAUGAAGCGCUCCAUCCAACUCCACCGCAAGCGAGUGCACGGCGCGGAGCUCCGCUCGCACGCGGAGCAGAACAGGGCCGCCAACAGGAGCAAGGUGUGCGACGUGUGCGGCCGCGCAUACAACUCUAACGCCGCGCUGCGCUACCACCAGCGCCGCCACACCGGGGAGAAACCCUACGCAUGCACCAUCUGCCCUAAGAGGUUCACCAUGCCCAUGUUCUUGCAGAUCCACACGAGAACACACACGGGGGAGAAGCCAUACGAAUGCCCGCACUGUCCCAAGGCUUUCACCAACAAGGCGGCGCUCAUCAGACACGAUCGGGUCCACACCGGCGUAAAACCCUACCAGUGCCCGGAGUGCGGUAAAUUCUUCACACAGUCCAACUCCAUGAAGCUCCACGUGAGCACGGUGCACCUGAAGCUGCCGGCGCCCUACAAGAGCCAGAGCCGCCGCCACCGCAGCGAGGCGCGCGCCCGCCAGAGGGCGCUCAAGGACCCCGGACAAGAGGGGGAGCUCGUUCUAGGGGAUUAGGCUUGAGCAGGGGGGGGGGACUGCAGUCCAGCUCCAUGAAGCUCCACGUGAGCACGGUGCACCUGAAGCUGCCGGCGCCCUACAAGAGCCAGAGCCGCCGCCACCGCAGCGAGGCGCGCGCCCGCCAGAGGGCGCUCAAGGACCCCGGAC